AUGCCCAUCCGCUCCUCUUCCUCCCUCCUCCUCCUUCUUCUUACUCCCCUCACCCAUCAAUCGUUAAUCCGAAGGAAUGCUCAUCGACGGCGAAAACGAGCUGCUGGCCGUUCUCCGCGACUCUCGGCGUCUCCGACGACCUUUUUACCCAUUGCGCCGCGGCCGUCAAUCUCGCCGAGUACUAGUGCCGCCGCGAGUGCGAAUUCCCCCCUUCCUCCUGCUGCUGCUGCGGCUGCGGCUGCGGCUGGCGCAUACGCCUCUGUUUCCGCUGCGACGACUCUCCCAGGGUGUACUACGGCAACAGCAGCAGGAUAUCUCUCGCCACCACCAAUCGCAUCCCUCCCGCCAUCAUUCUGCUCCAUGGCCGCCACCCAUGACAGCAUGGCCAUGGCCAUGGCGAAUCCAUUGCUUGUGGACGCGCAUCGCAUGUACAGCGACCUGGCCGUAUCCUUUGCAGAUAGCAAUGCCAUCUACGCGCUCGAUGAAAUGGGAUUAGAUGACGUCAGUGCGACAAUGCUCGCGGCAGAUCCCGUCUUCCAGGGGAACGAUUGGGAUUGGUUACACGACGAUCACCACGAUGGUGGUGUGCUCUAA